GGCCAGCGCGUUCAUUCGAUUCCACCCAUCCUCUACGGUCGUGCAUGCCACUUGGUCUUUGGCUUUCCAGAAAAAAUCAAUUCCGUUUGUCUCAGCGGAAGCCCAACUAUAAAAGUGCGCUGCAUCAUAACUUUCGGUUAUUGUUUGGAUAUCAAACCGAUGAACACUCUCAACACUGGAGUAAUAAAUAAUUGCAUACAUUUCCACAAGUUAACUGUCUCCAUCGCGUGUGAAAAGUUACUAAGAAAAACAAAAACAAAAACAAUACAAUAGCCAAAAACGGUUACUGUUCAUUUUACAAGCAAUUAUAAAAGAUAAUUUGAUUUGUUGUGGCUUAUGCAAGGCCAAAACAACCACAGCAGUAACAACAAUUACAAUUACAACUACAACAAAAACAAACAACCAACAACUGCGACUAAAAUCCCAAUUUGGAUUUAUUAAUAGCGCAGAAUAAAUAAAAAACAGAACAACGUUCAACAAUUUCUGUAAAAAUACAACAAAUUGCCAACAGCAGCAUCCAACAUGUCUAUUGCCAGCGUACAUGGUCCCCAGAUCGCCGACAUCUGCAGUCCCCUAUCGCAUCACAAUCUCGGUCUGUCCGCUUCGUUGCCAGAUCUGGUGGGAAGUCCCCUGGAGAUCAGCAUGGACAAUGUGAUGACCAUUGAGGAGUUGCGACAGCAUAUGGGCUCCUGCUUCACCUGCGGCGUCUCCUGGACAGAUGAUCAUGUCUCAUUGGACUGCAGCGAGUGCGGUGGCUACAGCCUGGAGCGUCCCUGCCCCCUGUGCGACGGCCAGUGCGGUGUACAGUGGAAGCGAGACUUUGCCAUGUCCCAUGCCUGCAGUCAAGCCCGCUGGGUGGGCGUGUGCAUCAGCUAUCCGGAGGCAGUGUCCGGUGGAGUCCAGAUGCCAGUUGGUGCUGGAACCGUCACUUCGUGUGCUGCCGCUGCGGCGAAUCAAUUGCGUUUGGCCCAGGAGCUGUGCUCCCGUCUGGAACAACUGUCCACCUCAUCGGCGAGCAAAAGUGCCCGCACCUAGAGUUGGCCGCCACCCCGCCACCAGAGUUCCUCCAACAGCCACAACCACAACCACAGCCAGACUGCAGCACCCGUCACCAUAUAAGCCACACACCCGCACACACACUCAUUCAUCCAGAUAGCAGUUAGCUGAGAAGGCAGCCCCACGGCUCCCACAUCCAUUGUGGACGCCGUGGUACCACCUCCACACACCACACCACACACACAGUCUCUCACCCGUAAUUUAGGGCUUAAUUGCUAAGCUUUUUAGUUCUUAGUUUUUAUUGUUGUGUCGCGUUUUGAGAAUUCUCUUUCAUAUAUUUUUUUUUAUAUAUUCUAUGAUUAUUAUUUCGGUUUCUUCGUUUGCUGUUUGCCGUUUGUUGUGUGUGACUAGGCAAAUGAUUAGCUAAGUUAGUUCUUUUGUUUAACGUUUUUUUUUUCGAAUGGCACCCAACACAUGACCGACCACCACCAAUUCCCAAACAGGAAAAAGACUUCUUUCUGCUUAGACUUAAGUCAAGUUCGUUCGUUCGUUUUUUUUUGUUUGUGUUGGCAAUGCAGUGAUAACGGUGAUAUUAGGCCAGAAGGAAUCGUGAACAAAUAGUGAAUUUAUUAUGAUGUAGCAAAAAAAAAAUGUCUAACUAUUAUAGCCUAUAGCUAUAUACAAAUUACCUAUAUAUCUAUGUCUACAUAUGUCGAUAGCGAUGCGAUAAUAAUUUUUGUAUACUUACACACACACACAGAAACGACACAGGCACAGAAAACAGAAAGCAGAACAGAACAGAACCGAUGAUCCUUGUGUCGAGAGAUUGUUCGUUAUAGUUGUGUGUUUGCCUUUUUGUGGUUCGAGGCACAAAUCAAAAAAGGAAACAAAAACCCCAAAAUAUUGAUGGUGCAUUCCGAAACGAAAGAAAAGAAUUCUAUCUUCCAUAAUGCAAUAAUGCUCAAAAAAAUUUAACUAAAGGGAAAGUCUCUCUCUCUCUCUCUCUGUCUCUUGCAUAGGGGAAAAGCGAAAGCGCAAUAAAAGAAACAGAAUGGGACGAGAGCAGAAUAGAAGAAAAAAACGCACAAGCAAACAACUAAAAAGCAUUACUCAAAAAAAGUUGAAGAUUUUCUGUGAAAAUCCAUAUGACAUCUUAGAAGAAGUUUACACCUAAAACCUAAAUAUAUAUACAAUAAAUAUAUACACA